UCCGAUCCUACGGAAUCAGCAUCUUCAUCUUCGACUUCUGCGUGCCUCUCUUCACCAUCGUCUUCUCUUACAUUUCCAUCGUGAAGGCCAUCUUCGCCCACGAGGCCGCCAUGAGGGAGCAGGCCAAGAAGAUGAAUGUGUCCAACCUCAGGUCAAACCAGGAUGCCCAGACACAGUCUGCCGAGGUGCGCAUCGCCAAGGUCGCUUGCACCAACGUGGCUCUGUGGGUGGUCUGCUGGACGCCCUAUGCCGCCAUCGUCGUCCAGGGGUUGUUCUUCGGCCAGAGCUCCAUCACGCCUCUCGUGACCAUGCUGCCCGCCCUUCUGGCAAAGUCUUCCGCCUGCUACAACCCCAUCGUCUACGCCAUCAACCAUCCUAAGUUCAGACUGGCCCUCCAGAAGCAGAUGCCUUGGUUCUGCAUUCACGAGAACACCGAGACUUCCUCCUCCCAGUCCGACACCAAGUCCAUCGAGACAAAGGAAGCCAAGGAGGAUGCUUAA